CGUCGUCGCCAAGAUUAAACAAGAAAAAUUCCUCUAGGUCUUGAAAAAAAAAUCGAGCGAUAACAACGAAAGAACGCAGGAUAUGGAGUCGCGUAAGGGCAUCGAUUCACAACACUGCGCCGACGGUUGUGGUUUCAAUGGAUCGAUAGAAAAUCAAAAUCUUUGCUCAAAGUGCGACAAAGAAGAAAUUGAAAAGGAAUCCAUGGAGGAAACUUUGAAACCCACAUCGCCGCCUCCACCGCCAAACGUUCCCUUCGCAUUCACGAAAUCGAAGCCUCGUUCUGUUUUCUCUUUUAAUACUAAAAAUAUUCCCGACUCAAAAUCUUUUUUUGGUUUUUCUUCGAGUUCUAACAAACAGUUUUCUUUUUCUGCUGAUUCAACUGUUGAAACUUGGAUUUCUCCUAGGGUUGAUGCGAGUAAGUUCCUUUUCGGUUCUUCAACCGGCAGGAAGCGUGUGUGCAGUACCUGCAAUAAGCGGGUCGGGUUGACCGGAUUUGAGUGCCGAUGCGGGAAUUUGUUUUGUGGAAAACACCGGUACCCGGAAGAACACUCGUGCGGCUUUGAUUAUAAGGCUUAUGCACGUGAGAUUAUGCUCAAGCAAAAUCAGGUUUGCGAGGCUGAUAAACUGCACUACAGAAUUUAAUCGAAACCUUUUACUAGAUUUAUCUACACAUUGAUGCGACCCUUAUGGGGAUAUAUUUCCAUACUCUUGGUUCCAUCUCCUGCAACUGCGAUCACGGAUCUGUUGUAGUUAUGAUCGAUCUUAGACGGAAAUUUUAUCAAAUAAUUCUUGUUUGUGGCGAGUGCUUUGUUGAAAACUAAAAAGAAAAUGCCAAGUUCAUUAUAGAAAAUGGCAAAUUCAAAAUAUAAGAUAAGAUGAUCGCAUCAAUAUGUAGAUAAAUCAAGUACAAGAAAAUUUGGGUAAGCUCAUUAAUCUUUUUUCUUUUCUUUUCUUUUCUUUUCGUUUAAUUUCUUGUCUGCUUUUUAUGAGCUGGAGUCCUUGUAGAUCCUUGUUAUUAUGUGGACGGGCUUGUAGUUUUUUGUUCAUCUUAAAUAAGAGGGAUUGUAUAUAUUUCUUAUCGUUCUAAA